UUCGCGAUCGGAGAUCCCCCUUACCCCACUCCCUCCUCUUCGGUGAAACCCCCGCACGCAGCGUGACGUAGCCGACUUUUCCUCAGCAGCAUGGCGGAUGCGGAGAUGACCGCAGAGCUGGGUCAGUCCGCGGACGGCGGCCCGCCUCUGCUGGACUACCGGCGGCCGACCCGCCUCUACUGCCGGAACGGCGGACAUCACCUGCAGAUCCCGCCCGACGGGACGGUGCGGGGCGAGCGGGAUGAGCGGGACGCUCACAUCGUUUUAAAGCUGAAGGCUGUGGACAGAGGUGUCGUCAUCAUCCAAGGAACUGAAUCCCAGCGAUACUUGGCCAUGAAUGAUGAAGGACGGCUGUACAGUUCCCCUGCAGUAACUGAUGAGUGUUUCUUUCUGGAGAACCUGGAGGAGAAUUUCUACAACACAUACCGAGCACAGAAAUAUCAGGACAACAACUGGUUUGUAGGCCUUAAAAAGAACGGGAAGCCUAAGCUGGGUCCGAGAACCCACAUCGGACAGAAGGCGGUCUUCUUUCUUCCCAGACAGCUAGAAGACAAGUCCGACUGAACUUCUGUUAAAAUACUCAGCCGGGUCAGGAGAGAUGGAUCUAAUCCAGAACCGGGUUCUGUCCAGCUCAAAUUAGUUUAAACUAUAAGAUAUAAGGACUAGGACACUAAUAAUGAACAAAAUAGUGACAUUUUUUGUUUAUCCAUAUAAUCGUUUAUGAAGAAAAAGUGAAGGAAAAGGAUCAAUGUAAUCAACAGAUUAAGAAAUUUAGAGAUUAAUAGUAAAUAAUUUAUUCUUGAUGAGAUUAUAAUAUAUUUUGUGAACACUAACGCAGAAAAGUAGCUUCGGAGUAUCUUAAAGCCAUAAAUUCCCUGGCCUUUUCUGUCAUAUAUGCAAUACUCAGAUCAUAAUAUCGCAGUAUAAAAAUGUAUAUAUAUCAUUGACUGAAUAUAGAAAUGCCCAAACCUGCCUGAUAACAGAAAAACAAGUCAUUUCCAUACUUGGGUGCUCCAGUCGGGGGAUGAAUUCUUUCCACCACGCUGGAGGCUUUUCAGUUCUGUUUGCUUUAAAAGCAGCAGGUUCUCUUCAGACACUGUGCAAGAAAAGGUUUAAGGUUGGUCGCUUGGAAUUGAAAGAGGCCCAACCGCAUUUCAUCAAGGUCUUCUUGAAGUGAUCACACUGAAAAUGUUAGUGAAAUUCCUGAUACUCAAAAAUGAGGAGAAACUCACAGCUGUCUAGAGAGAAAAGAUCAGUUUAGGAACCACAGAGUUACCUAAAGUACCAAUCAAAGAAGAUCAUUUGAAAGGCUUAGUCUUACUUUUAUAGCAGAGUGUCACACAAUUAAAUGUACGGUAGUUUUUUACCAGUCAAUGAAAAGAGGAAAAACCAUUUUUUGUUUUAGAUUUUUCUCGGCUACUCUAAAACCUUCAUUUUUUUUAAUUUUACUUCACUGGUGGGAUUGUGUUUGUAUUAUUCGUAAUUUCAGCAACCACAUUUUGACAGAGUAUAACACUGUUUUUAUCCAUUGUGAUAAAAUGGGAUGGCAGCUUUAGUUUGCAGGAAAAUGAUUUUUAGAAUUCUUUCACAUCUUCUAUUUUUCUCCACAUGUAAAUAUCUGGGUCUCUGGAUUAUUUAGGCUGCUUUUGCUUCUCAAUCCAAAUUUUUUUUUUAAAGUCUUUAUUUUGAAAUAUUUAUUUUUAAAUAUUAAAUGUGUUUGAUGAUUUAAAUCUUGAGACAAAAUAGGAAAAAUAAAUGAAGUAAAUCCUUUGCAGUACUGUAGCUAUAAAUAACAGAUUUAUGUUGCCGUGUUUGGUUUGUUAACUGAUAGAUUUCUAUUUUUACAGCAUUAGAUGGAUCAGUGUUGUGGUGCUUUAUUAACCUGUAAAGCAGAAAUGAAAACUCUUAGUGUGGCAUGUGGGAUGUUUAUAUUAUCUCAGGACAGCACUGGGAUCAAUAGCACUGCAAUAAACAACAGACAACCAA